AUGGCACCCGGAACAGAGGUUCCCAUGGCAGCCGGAAUAGAGGUUCCCAUGGCAGCUGGAACAGAGGUUCCCAUGGCAGGUGGAACAGUAAAGAUAGAGUGGUCCCCUGCAGAGCCCCCGCCCUGCAGAGCCCUCCCCCUGCAGAGCCCCCCCCCUGCAGAGCCCUCCCCCUGCAGAGCCCCCCCCCCUGCAGAGCCCUCCCCCUGCAGAGCCCCCACCCUGCAGAGCCCCCACCCUGCAGAGCCCCCCCCCUGCAGAGCCCUCCCCCUGCCCGUCUCCAGCCCCCACCCUGCAGAGCCCUCCCCCUGCAGAGCCCCCGCCCUGCAGAGCCCCCCCCCUGCCCGUCUCCAGCCCCCACCCUGCCCGUCUCCAGGGUUACUGCGCACGUAA